UCUCUUCUCUUGUAGUUUAACUGCCUUUGAAUCCUUGUUUUCCUGCCUAUUUAUAAAGCCGAUCGUUUACUGUAAAGUUUUAUGUAUCUUCUUCUUUGAAAAUGUGCAAGCUAAGCUUCAUUCUAUUGAUCAUCUCCCUCGUUGCGGUCAUGCCAUGGGCGGCUCUAAGCUUCCUUGUAUCGAGUUGGGCAUCCACGAAGCUCGAAACCAAGCAAGAUGCGGUAACCAACCUCCAGUUCUACUUCCACGACACGAUCAGCGGCAAAAACCCUACCGCCAUCAAGGUAGCUCAAGCCGCCGGCACCGAGAAGUCUCCGACGCUUUUCGGAGCCUUGUUAAUGGCGGAUGAUCCGCUGACCGAGACACCGGAUCCUAACUCCAAGCUGCUCGGUCGAGCGCAGGGGGUUUACGGCUCGGCGGGGAAGGGUGAGCUGGCCCUAGUGAUGGCCAUGAGCUUUUGCUUCACUGAUGGGAUAUACAAUGGUAGCUCCAUUAGCGUUUUGGGGAAGAACUCAGCUAUGACUCCGGUUCGGGAGAUGCCGGUCGUCGGCGGAACCGGCGUCUUCCGACUGGCUCGAGGAUAUGCGUUGGCGAAAACUCACUGGUUCAAUGAACUCGGUGAUGCUAUAGUUGGCUACAAUGUUUCCAUCGUUCACUAGCAGUAGCUUUACAUUAUUUUACGUACCUUCACUCGCUU